AGGGGUAGCACCACUGUACCACGUCAGCGGGGUAAGGACCUUACCUACUAAGAUAACUAAGAUAAGCAACUCCAGCUGUUACUUACAUCCACAUCACAUCACGCCUGCAUCGCGCGAGACUGGUUUGUUCCUUAGGUACCUUACAUAAACGCUUUUGGUCUUCUAAAUCGCAAUUCUUCUACUGUACAAUACAAGUUGCUAUGCAUUUCGGCUGCCUACAUCAUUUGUAACUAACCGGAGUAAACAAACAAACAAACAAACCACUAAACCAAUAAUAUCGGCCUGGCCUUCGGAUUUGGUCCCGUUAGGUAUUACGUUAUCGCUCCUCUCGGACACAGACAUCCGUCCCUCGUAUUGUAUCUUCGCCCCCGUGCUAUCGUCAACCUCGGAAACUCGCGAUACCUACCUGCCUGCUCGAUAAGCUCCUCGUCUAGCUACCACGCAUCGAUCGAAAUCGAGAACACUGCCGGAAUCCUUUUUCGGGUCGGAUAUACCACCAAAAACUACCUGGCUAGGUAACCUGCCUGACGAACGGGAACACACGCGGUCGGCGUGGAUAGAUCGGCCGCAAUGGGUCUUGCGUACAACACGUAUCUCGAUAGUAACAAAAUAUACGGGUGCAAGAACUGCAAAACCCAUCUUGCUAAUCAUGAAGAGAUCAUAAGUCGGAACUUCCGCGGCCAGCACGGCAAGGCCUACCUCUUCAACACGGUCGUCAACGUGGACGCGGGCGAGCCGUCGGAGCGCAGCAUGACGACUGGCCGGCAUAUUGUGCGGGACAUCACGUGCAAGCAGUGCAAGGAGACGGUGGGCUGGAAAUACGACCGCGCCUACGAGUCGAGCGAGAAGUACAAGGAGGGCAAGUUCAUCCUCGAGGCCGAGCUGCUGUGUAAUGUCAGCUAGGCGGCCCCGUCCCGUCGAUGGACUUGGCGAUAUGACGAGUGAGGACGGGUAGAAUAGAGAGGGGACGGUCUGGUCUAUAUUUUUUUUCAGCAUGGGUAUGCAUUGCUUGGGCGUUUUCUUGGUUAUCGUAGGCGGGUCGGGUCUGCUGGGUGGUUUUAGACGGGCAAGGCAAGGCAAGACAAGGCAAGAGUCGCGCCUCUCGCAAACGUACGUACAACGCCGUGGAGGUCUUCGAGGGUCGGAUAGAGUUCCUCCCUUUACGUUAUGAAGCUUCCUUAAUGGGGUGCUAUACAGGUUAAUAGAUAGUUUAGCAUUAUAAAUUGUUACUUGCUUUACAAUGCAUAGGCCUCGUUUACUAUUAACUGCCAGUACAAUCACUUACAUCUUGAUGAUACUA